AACACUUUACAUAAUCUAUUAUGUAAAAGUUUGUUAGUUGUUUCACUAAUUGUUUCGAGGACCGAAUAAAAACAUUUUUGAACAACCCCAAAACUCCAAAAAUUUAGCGACUACAUUUAAUUUUAAUCAAAAUCACAAGACAAGAAUGAAAGUGUCCACAAAUAUUCCCCGGGGCGGUAUCGGGCCAUAUUUUUGGAUGUUGUAGGGUAAAGAUUGACUACUUGCACUCUUCUUAUAAAAUUCUCUGUUUGUGAACAAUUUACCGUUGUGUUAUGUAAUUUAUGUAGAGCAAAGUUUACUUAGUAUAAGGCGGGUUUCAACUUCCCCCAUAUUCUUCUCAUAAGUAGUAGGAAGUGGUCGCUCCGUUCACAUAACAUUGCAAUCACUGUCAGCUAAAAAUCAUUUCAACAAAACCAUUUAUCCGGCGUCCCAGCUGUUAAACGGUUAAUUGCUGUGCAUCACUGAUGUUUCACAGUGGACUUAAUAUACAACAGUUGUCUUACUAUUAAAAUUAAAAAUUAUAAAUUGUGUGUGUGUGUGUGGUAUUUUUACAUCAUGUGUACUUUACAAGACUCGCCUGCGAAUGACCAAUUUUUCAACAGGUAAUCCAGAUUUAGGUAAGUCAUGUGAGAUUCUGGUCUUAGCUAACACAGCCCAGCAUCCCAAUACAACCGCGUACAGCACCAUGAGGACACCAAAUAAAAACGCCAUCACUUUAGUCGCCUUAGCCGUUUGUUUCGUUCUGGGCCGCGUGGGCUCGUCUAAUGCGGAUUCAGAAGUCGGCAACUAUCAGUUUUGGCCGUCGAACGUGUUGGGCAAACGUGCAAUGCAAUUGGUCAGGGACCACUUGGCCAGGCGGCAGGAGAGAAGGAAAUCGAGGACGUCCAAGCAGAUAUGCUAUGACGACGUCGGAUGCUUCCCCAUGCCGCGUUCGGCGCAUUCGCCGCUCAUGAAAUCGCCGCAACCCCCCGAGGCGGUCAACACGACAUUCUUAAUGAUAACCCGACUUAACCGCAAGGACUUGACGGUGGUCACGUACGGCGACGACCAUGCAUCGUUGAUGAACUCGAGUUUCAAGCCAGAAUCGCCCACCAAAAUCAUCGUGCACGGAUUCAAGGGCAGCGGCCGGGACAAGGUCGCGUUGCUUUUGGGAAACGCGCUACUGGACUUGGAAGAUUCCAACGUGGUGUUGGUAGACUGGGAAAAAGGCGCAGUGGGUCCGGCUUACGCUUUGGCGGCAGCCAACACUCAGCUAAUCGGUCGACAGUUGGCGCUGCUCAUAACCGACAUGGUGCACAUGGACAGCGACCCCGCACACAUACACGUCAUCGGUUUCAGCUUGGGAGCCCACGUGGCCGGUUUUGCGGGCAAAGCUCUGAAACAAAACGGUAUCACUAUAGGAAGGAUUACAGGUCUGGAUCCAGCCUCGCCGUUGUUUCGGCAAAUGCUGUCUUCGUCGUUGUCGUCGUUGGGACCGGACGAUGCAGAUUUUGUAGACGUGGUGCACACCGAUGGCGCCAGGGUGUGGUCCGAGGGUUUCGGUCUGUUCCAUCCGAUAGGGGACGUGGAUUACUUCCCGAACGGCGGAUUGGAUCAGCCCGGCUGCGAACAAGUACGGGGUUCGGUAAUAGUAAGCCGGUUCGAAAGUUCAAUGAACUCCAGCGUCGUGUGCAAUCAUCUGCGGGCUCUGCAAUUCUUCCUGGAGAGUCUGAAAUCGUUGGCCGAUCCAGACGCGUGCCAGUUUACUGCUUUCCCGUGUCCCGCCGGUUGGUCAGUGUUCCAGAAGGGCUCCUGUUUUCCCACCAACUGCACAGAAUCGAAUUGUGUGACCAUGGGGUUCACCGCUGCACAGUCCAAACUGCGCGGCCCGUUGUACUUGACCACCAGGGAUUCGAGUCCAUUUUGCGGACGACAACUCAAGGCUUCGGUUCUGUUGUCGCCGAAAACUCCAAGGCUGAGAGGUCACUUGCAAAUGGCAUUAGAAGACGGACCGAAUAGCACGGCUAACUUUAGACUUCGGACCGAACACGCUGAACACAUAUCUGGCGGUUUACUAGCCGAAGGUAUAUCCGUGUCGAGAUUUCAACGGCCCACACCUCGACAAAUGACCGUGGAGCUGAGUUUCCAAUCAUUAGCCUACCAAACGGAAACGGAAACCGCAAGUUUUUCCAUUGUUCCGGUGCUGGUCGACCGUUUGUCGGUGUUUGAUACCGAAGGAAACAUAUGGUCCAACUGCGACGAAAACGCCUAUUUGUCACACGUUAGCGAAACGACAAUAUACGCCAAGAUUUUUGUCUUGUCGUUGUUCGCAUGUUGACAAAACGAUAGGAGGUACACAUUGAUUGAAAACAUAGCUCAGUAAGGUUUUUUUAUUAUUUAUAUAUACAUUUUCGACUGAUUACUUACUCACUACAUUUAUAUUUUUAUAUUAAACUAAUAUUAUAGUAACGUACUCGAUAAUAGAAAAAAAACAGUUAAGUAUAAUAUUAUUAUACCUACCUAUAUAUUUUAUAUUUUUUAUAUACUGUGAAAUAAAAUAUACGAGUGCCAAUGUCA